AUGGCUUCAAUGGACAAGAUCUUCUCCGGCUACCGGGAGCGACUGGCCGCCGCGGACGCCAGGACCGGUUCGUUCGCAAAAGGCAUCGCAUGGAUCGCCGGCGAGUACGUUCCCUUGCAUGAAGCCCGCAUCCCGUUACUCGACCAGGGUUUCUUGCACAGCGACCUUACAUACACCGUCCCGGCUGUCUGGGAAGGACGAUUUUUUCGCCUCGACGACCAUAUCACGCGGCUCGAAGAUGGCUGUGGCAAGAUCAGACUCAAGCUGCCACUUGAGAGGGAGGAGCUGAAGCGCGUUUUGGUCGAGAUGGUGGCCAAGACCGGCAUCCGCGACGCUUUCGUGCAGAUCAUCGUCACCCGCGGCUUCAAGGGCGUCCGCGAGUCCCAACCGCACGAAAUCGUCAACAACCUGUACAUGUUCGUUCAACCGUACAUCUGGGUCAUGGAACCGGAAUCGCAGUACGGGGGCGGCAAGGCUGUUGUCGCCCGCACGGUGCGCCGUGUCCCUCCCGGCUCGAUUGACCCGUCCAUCAAGAACCUCCAGUGGGGAGACUUGGUUCGCGCCAUGCACGAGGCCCGAGACCGCGACGCGCUCUAUCCUUUCCUGACCGAUGGCGACGCUAGCCUGACGGAAGGCUCGGGCUUCAACAUCCUGCUGGUCAGGGACGGCGUCAUCUACACGCCAGACCGUGGUGUGCUUCCGGGCAUCACGCGGAAGAGCGUGUUCGACGUCGCCAAGGCCAACAACAUUGAGGUUAGAUGCGAACCCGUGCCUGUGGAAAGGGCAUAUCAAUGCGACGAAAUCUUCAUGUCUACGACGGCUGGCGGUAUCAUGCCCAUCACCGUGCUUGACGGCCAGCCUGUGAACGACGGCAAGGUUGGCCCAAUUACGCGGGCAAUUUGGGACGGGUACUGGGCGAUGCACUACGAUCCGGAGUACACUAUCCAGAUUGACUACGCCGAGGCUUGA